CUAAAGACGGGUGCUCUCUUUGUUAACGAGCGAAUAGACCGCGAGGUUCUUUGUGGUGACGAAGCCAAAUGCUCAAUGAAUGUAGAAGCAGUCAUUAAUAAUCCACUAAAACUGUACCGCUUUGAAAUUAUUAUAUUAGAUGUGAAUGAUAACGCACCAUCAUUUCUCAGCACAAUACAGUUGUUGAACAUAACUGAGAGCACAACAGCGGGGACUAAAUUCCUCCUAAAUCCUGCUGAGGAUGCAGACGUGGGUAAAAACACUGUUAGUAGCUACAAGCUGAGUCAGAAUGACUUCUUUGUUUUAGCUAACAACAGAGGAGAAAGUGUGACUCCAGAACUGGUGCUUCAGAAGGCUUUGGACAGAGAAAAACAAUCCGUUAUCCCACUUACAUUAACUGCCAUCGAUGGAGGAACACCUGCUAAAUCAGGUUCUAUGACUAUAUUGAUAAAUGUGCUAGAUAUCAAUGAUAAUGCCCCGCUAUUCAGUCAAAGUCUGUACAAGGCCAGAGUGUUUGAAAAUGCUAAAAUAGGUACUGUAAUUAUAAAAAUAAAUGCUACAGAUUUAGACGCAGGACAGAAUGGAGAAGUGUUCUAUUCACUAAAUAAAAUAGGUCGAGGGAAACAAACCGACCUGCUUGUUAUAGACGAAAAAUCAGGAACUGUGACAACCAAACAAAUUAUUGACUUUGAGGAAAAUGCUGUUUUUGAAAUUCGAGUUCAGGCACGCGACGGAGCUUCCUCACCGAUGACGUCACAUGCCAAAUUACUAAUUGAAGUGUUAGACGUGAAUGAUAACGCUCCUGAAAUCACAGUAACUUCUCUGUUAAACACUGUAAAAGAAGACGCCUCCACUGGCACAGCUGUUGCACUUGUUUCAGUAUCUGAUAAAGACAGUGGUAAAAACGGUUUAGUGAACUGUAAAAUAUCCAACAUUGUCCCUUUUAAAUUAGAAUUAAAUUAUAAGAACUACUAUUCAUUAGUUGUGGACGGUCCCCUGGACAGAGAGAAAGAAGCUCAGUAUAAUAUCAGCAUCACUGCCACAGAUGAGGGCAGCCCACCUCUCUCCAGCACCAGAAUCAUUCAGGUCCAUGUUUCUGAUGUCAAUGAU